AUGAAGUACGUUUUAGUGUCCGGUGGAGUGAUCAGUGGUAUUGGAAAGGGUAUCUGCGCCAGUAGUACUGGAUUCCUGUUGAAGGCUGCGGGCCACCGUGUCACUUCCAUCAAGAUUGACCCAUACCUCAACAUCGAUGCAGGCACCUUCUCGCCGUACGAGCACGGAGAAUGCUAUGUCCUCGACGAUGGAGGUGAAGUCGACCUUGACCUUGGCAACUACGAGCGUUUCCUAGACAUUACACUCACGCAGGACAACAACAUCACCACGGGCAAGGUGUACCGAAGUGUCAUUGAGAAGGAGCGCAAGGGCGACUAUCUGGGCAAGACAGUACAGGUGGUGCCACAUGUGACCAAUGAGAUCCAGGCCUGGAUCGAGCGCGUCGCUCGCAUGCCUGUGGAUGAAUCCGGGCUGGAACCGGAAGUGUGUGUCAUUGAGCUCGGUGGAACUAUGGGGGACAUUGAGAGUGCACCCUUCGCCGAGGCCAUGAACGCGUUCAAACUGCGCGUGGGAUCUGAGAACUUUAUGCUGGUGCACGUGAGUCUGGUACCGGUCAUCGCUACCACAGGCGAGUCCAAGACAAAACCCACCCAGCACUCUGUCCGUGAGCUGCGUAGCCUGGGCAUGUUCCCAGAUGUCAUUGUGUGUCGCAGUACUGUGCCGUUGCAACAGGAGGUGCUUGCGAAGGUGUCGCAAUUCUGCCACGUGGAGGAGAAGAGCGUACUCAACUUGCACGACUGCAAGUCUGUGUGGGAGGUGCCCUUGCUGAUGGAGAAGCAGAAUAUGUUGAAGGUGCUAGGUGAGAGACUCAACCUGCCCAAGUGUCUUAAAGAACGCGCCCUGAACUCGUCUCUCGGUGUUAAGUGGAUGUCUAUGGUUAGCCGCCUGACCCGCGUGCGGGAAGAGAUUGAGAUUGUGGUGGUGGGUAAGUACACCGGUCUCAGCGAUACCUACCUGUCCAUUACCAAAGCCCUGCAACACGCUUCGCUGUUCUGUGAGCGCAAGUUGGAGCUGAAGUGGAUUGAGGCCGAGCAUCUGGAGAGGAAGACGCUGUCGACCCAGCCGGUACAGUACCACGACGCUUGGUCUAAGCUCUGUGGCGCAAGCGGAAUCUUAGUGCCUGGUGGCUUUGGCCAUCGCGGCACCGAGGGUAAGAUCCACGCCGCUCAAUGGGCGCGCGAGAACAAGAUACCAUAUUUGGGCAUCUGUCUUGGUAUGCAGCUGGCCGUGAUUGAAUUCGCCCGCAAUGUGAUGGGCAUGGAGGACGCCAACUCAACAGAGUUCAACGAAGCUACAGCAAACCCUGUGGUGAUGUUCAUGCCUGAAGGGUCUAAGACACAUCUCGGCGGCACCAUGAGACUUGGCCAGAGAAAGACGCUCUUCCAUAACAGGGACUCUACAUCUUUCAAGUUAUACGGCGGACAAGACUUUGUACUGGAACGUCACCGCCACCGUUACGAAGUGAACCCGGAGUUUGUGGACCAAUUAGAAGCUGCCGGCCUGCUCUUUGUAGGUAGAGACGAGACCGGAGAGCGUAUGGAGAUCACCGAGCUGACCCGUGAAUCACACCCCUUCAUGAUGGGUGUGCAGUACCACCCAGAAUACCUCAGCCGACCUGUACGACCCAGCCCUGUGUUCAUUGGCUUCAUCCUGGCUGCCAUGGGCGAUGCGAAACUGAGCGAAUACCUCGACAACCAGGCAGGUAGCAUACACAGAUACGACAGCCACGAAAUAAUCAAAGACAUGGAAACAGCCGAUGUAUAA